CCCCGUGCCCGCAGCCCAGCCCAGCUUCGGGCUGCCCCUGAGCCCUGGCCGGGACCUGUGGUCCAGGCCCCCCGGUGACCCACCUCUGGGACCACCUGCUGGCCAGCUGGCAGGAUGGUGCCUGCUGUGUGCCCACCAGUGCCUGCUGGCUGAUGUUCCUGCCCUGUGCCCACCAUGCCACACUCCAUAUCGGCCUUCCAGGCCGCUUACAUUGGCAUCGAGGUGCUCAUCGCCCUGGUGUCAGUGCCUGGGAACGUGCUGGUGAUCUGGGCAGUGAAGGUGAACCAGGCUCUUCGUGAUGCCACCUUCUGCUUCAUUGUGUCGCUGGCUGUGGCCGAUGUGGCCGUGGGUGCCCUGGUCAUCCCUCUCGCCAUCCUUAUCAACAUUGGUCCCCAGACCCAUUUCUACACCUGCCUCAUGGUGGCCUGUCCUGUCCUCAUCCUCACCCAGAGCUCCAUCCUGGCCUUGCUUGCCAUAGCUGUUGAUCGCUACCUCCGCGUCAAGAUCCCGCUCAGGUACAAGAUGGUGGUGACGCCAAGGAGGGCGUCAGUGGCCAUCGCAGGCUGCUGGCUGCUGUCCUUCCUCGUAGGUCUGACGCCCAUGUUUGGCUGGAGUAACCUGGAUAAAUUGAAACAGGAGGCCAAUGGCAGCCUAGGUGAUUUGGUGAUUAAGUGUGAAUUUGAGAAAGUCAUCAGUAUGGAAUACAUGGUCUACUUCAACUUUUUUGUCUGGGUUCUCCCGCCUCUGCUUCUCAUGGUCCUCAUCUACUUGGAGGUCUUCUAUUUGAUCCGUAAGCAGCUCAACAAAAAGGUGUCGGGCUCUUCAGGGGACCCCCAGAAGUACUACGGGAAGGAGCUGAAGAUUGCCAAGUCCCUAGCCCUCAUCCUCUUCCUCUUUGCCCUCAGCUGGCUGCCCCUACACAUUCUCAACUGCAUCACUCUCUUCUGCCCAGACUGCCAAAAACCCAGCAUCCUCACCUACAUCGCCAUCUUCCUCACUCAUGGUAACUCGGCCAUGAACCCCAUUGUCUACGCCUUCCGCAUUCAGAAAUUUCGGACCACCUUCCUGCAGAUCUGGAACCAGCAUUUCCGAUGCCGGGCAAUGCCCCCAUCUGAUGAUGAAGAUCUCCCUGAGGAAAAGCUGGAUAACUAGACCCUGAGCCUUCCUGCACCCAACUUUCCUAUCCCCAUCCAUACCCCUCUCCAUUGGGGUACCAUGGUGUCUCUCUCCUCCACUCCCCUCUACAGAUUCCAAUCCUUGUCUGCCCAUAGUUACCUUGGCAGUGCCAUGGGGCAUGAGCAUGGGGGGGCCCUGAAGUAAAAUCCAGAGCUUUAGACCAUCUUCCUGCCAACUCCAUAUGCCAACCUGAAGGUUGGCCAUACGAUCUGGGUGGCUGUGGAGUUUAAUGUCCUUCCUUUUACAUGUUCCUGGGGGAGGAAGAAAGGGGGAUGCCUGUGGAAAUGAAUGGGAUUGGGCUUAUUAUGGAGAAGGAAGGAGGCAGGAUGGGACUCCUUAUUCUUCCAGUCAAUAUCAGUGCCCCAUGUUUAAUGUUCCAAGGCAAAUGUGGAAGCCUGGAGGGGUGAAACACAGGAAGAUCUGGGCUGAGGAAAUAGUUCCUAGAGCCCCUCAGACUCUCAUGGUGCAGCUUGGAGGAGGAGAGGACAGAAGUUGACUCAGAAGCCAGCUUCUGAGUGGGGUGGGGUACUUGGCAAGAAGGAGGGAGACUUCCCCUUUCUGCCUUCCUGGCUCUGGAGGGAAAAGGUAGUUAGGGAGAGACAACUGAGACCCAAUACCCCAGCAUCCUGGUCUAGGAUAUUGUACCCAGAGCAGCGCCAGGUACCUGCUCUAAUGGCCCCAGCAGGUAUAAUCCUACAACUGGGGAUGAUGUAAGAACUGGGACCUAAAACUGUGGGGACAGUUCCCCCCAUCCCAUUCCUUGCUAAUUCCCAGGAUACUGCCAAGAGCUAGGACUCCAGUGGCUUCCAGGAGAAGCAGUGUCUUGUGGAACAUGGGGGCACAGGGCAGAGAUGAUGCCCCUGGGUACAGCAUCAGAACACUCUACCAGGAGGUAGCAUUGGUUCCCCAAUCUAGCCCCCACUUCUUUAAGUUGUCCGUAAGAGACCAGAGGCCCUAGAGAAGAGCUAGGACACACAGACACAUUGGGGAUGACACCUCUCCUGCAUCCUGAGCUCUUAUGUUUAUCUGGGGAGGCCAGCUGGGACUCUGUCAUCCCAGCUUGGGGAAGAAAUAGUUUCUUUCAGAAGGACUGGAAAUCUGGCACUAGGGCUAAAGCCUAUAGGAGGGGGGAGCAGGGCACAGGUGCCAGGGCUUCACUUGUAUCUUCAUCUUGGGAGCUAGAUGAGGGAGAAAGAGUCAUAUCAAUAAAUGGAGCCCAUCUGCCAGCUUGAGGUGGAGGUGGAUGUAGGAAACAUAGUACCUGCUGCAAAUGUGCCCAGUGCUAACCCACUUGGGGAGUUGCCCUGAGCACUGUCAAAAGCUGGGUUAGAAGUGUUUAGCACUGUUUGAGUGGGGAUAAAAGGCCUUCCAAAAAAAAAAGGUGAAUAGGGAACUUAUUGAUGAGCCUAACUGAUCUACCUUGGUUUUGUUCUAGGACCCCAAAGGCAUUCUGGGAUGAGACAGUGCCAAGGUGGGGCUCCAUAGUGAUAGAGGGGACGUCAGGCUCUAGGUCAGAUCCCCAUCAAUCUGCCUCAGCCUUCCUCAAUGUGGAAUGGGGGUAAGGAAGAAUGUCAUCCCACUGGAGCAAAGUGGGGAAAGACUGACCAAUAAAGGAUUA